CCAUUGGCUAUGGGACUGGCGCUCCGAGGCUAGAGGGAAGGAGAAAGGAUCAGGAGCGGGAGCUGAGGGAAGGGAAAGGCCGGUCCGGGUCUGGCAGCUGCCGCUGCUCGCCCGACGACUCCAGGCCCGGCUGCGGCUGUAUUCUCAGCCCCUGGGCACCGUGGGAGAGGCCCCGCCGACCAGAGUGGAAAGCCACGGGCGGCGGCCGCCGCAUCAUGUCAACCAAGGACGAGCGGGCCAGGGAGAUCCUGAGGGGCUUCAAACUAAAUUGGAUGAACCUUCGGGAUGCCGAGACAGGGAAGAUACUCUGGCAAGGAACAGAUGACCUGUCUGUACCUGGUGUGGAGCAUGAAGCCCGUGUUCCCAAGAAAAUCCUCAAGUGCAAGGCAGUGUCUCGAGAAUUGAACUUUUCUUCAGCAGAGCAAAUGGAAAAAUUCCGCCUGGAACAAAAAGUUUACUUCAAAGGGCAAUGCCUGGAAGAAUGGUUCUUCGAGUUUGGCUUUGUGAUCCCUAACUCCACAAAUACCUGGCAGUCCUUGAUAGAGGCAGCACCCGAGUCCCAGAUGAUGCCAGCAAGCGUCUUAACUGGGAACGUAAUCAUAGAAACGAAAUUUUUUGACGACGAUCUUCUUGUAAGCACAUCCAAAGUGAGACUUUUCUAUGUUUGAGAGAAGAAUGUGUGUGCAUUUCAAGAAUUUGGGUUUUUUGGAGGGAGGAGGAAACUGUUUACUUUUUUCCCUCCACUUUUGAUUUUUGGAGACUUCCACCCCUCAUUCCCUCUUUGGCAGAACCCACAUGCAGCCACCAGGGGACCAGCUCUGUGGUAGGUAAACAGAUGGCUUUUUUUUUCUAAGCUGCCAUCUUUCACUGACCAGACUAAAUUCCCAGCCCCAGACUAAGGCAGGGGACAUGCUUUGACUCCUUCCUAGUGUAAACACAAGGGAACAAACAUACCAAGAGCCAAUACUGAACCUGUCACCUUCCCUUUCUACUCCUUGAGCCCUGCAGGUUACACAGCUUCCUUUGGCCCCUGGUUUUGGCAAAAUUAAUGGUCCUGACCCCAUGUUUAGUUUUUUCCUACCAUUUCUAUUUCAUAUAUUCCCAAAUUUAACUUGUAAAAUAGACUAUGAUAUUAUUAUUAUUAUGUAAUGUAAUUAAAAUAUAUGAAUUAAAAUAUUCCUACAGUCUUUAGCAUGGCA